UUGAGUUACACGGUGUAUAAUGAUCUUGUCAUUGAAACACAAUGAUUAGCUGCAUAUUAAUUUUUAAUACUUCUAAACACAAUUCUUACACACUAAAAAUUAAACAAGGCAGUUGCACAAAUUAUACAAAUUUUCCAAAUGUAACCCAAGACUCCAAAUUUCAAAUUUACCAUAUUUGGUUUAAGUAAGAGAAAGAGAUGAGCAGUCCAGUCCUGGUUGUUGAUGUCAUGUGGCUUCUGCCAUCUUGUCUGCAGCCAGGUUUUCAUGAUCUAAAAUGCCUUAAACCCCACUUUCUCUUAACCAUACUUACAACACAUUGCUUUUUUACAAAUCUUUAACAAUCUAGCAGAUUAAAAUGUACAAAUACACAUUACACAAACACACAUAUGCUAUACAUUUGUCCCAACAUGGUUUUCUCACCAAUUAUAAAGCUUACAUGUCACUAUCUUCUGCCUAAGGCCUGAACUGUGUACACAAAUAAAGCUAAUUAAGUAUUUCAUGUAAAUUAGAAAAGAGGAGAGAAACAGAUAAAGCUGCACCAAGACUCCAUAUAUAGUUUGACCUCCAGGGUACUGCAGACUUUUGUACAGUUCAUGUCCAUAAAACAGAGUCAGGAGGAUGGAAAAGUAUAUUUACAAAGGUACAUCUGACAUGCCAUUAGGCCCCUCCAUUAAUACCUAGAACACCAAGGACCAAUCUCCAAGCCGUCUACUUUCUCGUCAACUUCUCUUCUUCCCUCUGCGCGGCCAGUGGGAGAUUCCAAACCCAACUGUUUGCUUCUUGUUCUGUUGAUGUUUGUUCCCCCUUACCCUAACUUGCAUCCGUGGCGCUAUACACCCAAACUUCUCACUAAUCCCAACCAGUUGUCUUCUGAGGCGUUUAACCUGACCGCAAGUUUACUUUAACCCCGACCAGUUACCUCUGCUACGUCUAACCAUAAAUCCUAACCCCAACCGCGGAGGUGGUGCCACGGAAUACACAAUUGUAACAGGAGGGGAACAUUAUUUAAGGUUGGAAUAGACUUCGACACAACACUUUUGUAUUCCAUCUGUCGUACGCUCUGAGAGAGAAGAGAGAAUUUUGUUAAUUGACAAUGCAUCUCGGUUGUGCAUCAUACAUUUUUCAGACCGUAGAAGAAAAAAUAAAAUAUUUUAUAAAUGUUGUAAUCGUCCAGCACGGCGUCAUGCAUCACCUGACCAUUUCAGUUACACAGGAAGUCGGUUGGCGAAUUCAACAUGGCAGUUGUCUGCUAGUAGAGGAUGAGUUGUCUUAAGCAAUGAAACAAUCAGGCUUUCUUAAACUAUAAGACAGUUGACCCGUUUCACUUUGUUACUUGCUUUUGACGCUGGUCCGACAUGGCCCAAUGUGUUCAGUCUGUGCUGGAGUUCGUCCAGGAUUCGUUCGUCCCGCUGGUGGCCGUCUUAUGCAGCGAAGAAGCGGAGAGAGUGACUCGCAAGAACAACCUGAAUUUUGCUGAACUGCUGCGGCCUUUCUGCAGACUAACGUCCGAUGGUCACAUCCGGGACCCCAACAACCAGGUGCAGGUCGUGAAGAACCUGCGCAUCUGUGUCAAUAAUGUGGUGACGAGCCCAAGCUCAACGUCGGCUGCGCUCAACCCUGCCCAGCGCCGACUGCUCAAUGAAGUGGUGUUAUCCUGCCAGCCACAAGAGAAUGGUGUGGCCAACGUGAUCACAGCAGGAGACUAUGACCUUCACUACAGUGAUCACUCUCUUAAAGCUAGCACCCCCUGGUACAGUGCCUGGAGAAAAACACUGUUGGAAGUCAGCACCUCCAAGCCCUACACAGCAACCACACCCUGGUUUGAAGCCUACAGGGAGAACUUCCUGCAGUCAAUGCCUGCUUCCGACCAUGAGUUCCUCAAUCACUACCUCGCCUGCCUGCUGGUGGUGUCCUCCACUGAGGCAGUCCCUGUGGAGCAGUUCCUCAAGCUUUCCCAGGAGCAGCACCGGAUUCAGCACAGUGGAGAAUACACUAACCCCAAGUGGUUUAUCCCUAACACACUCAAGUACUACGUCUUACUGCAUGACAUGAGUGACGGGGAUGAACAGAGGGCAGAUACUGUGUAUGAGGAUAUGAAACAAAGGUAUGGUCCUCAGGGCUGCUAUCUGUUGAAAAUGAACUCUCGUACCUUCUCAGCUGAAGAAGAUGAGCAGAUUCCAGACCCCUGGAGUCAGUACCUGCACAGAAAUAACCUGCAUAACCAGGAUAUGCUUGAUGAUCUGGCUCCAACUCUUAAAAGUUCUGUUGUUGAGAACGAUGUCAGUGCAGCUGAACUGGACUGCCACCACUUAACAAAAAAAGAUGGAGUGUUCAACAGCCUGGAAAGCCAUCCUCUCCAGCUGGACUCGGUGAGCAGCUCAGGGAGCCUGCACUCCCUCAGUGCUGUCAACACUGACCCGAAGAAAGGUGCAAGGGAUCCAGAGAGCUUGGUGGGGGUAGCAGGGAGCCAUGGGGCAUGUCUGACACUGAAUGAUCAUGACCACAUCAGACAAUUCAUCCAAGAAUUCACCUUCAGAGGCCUGCUGCCACACAUAGAGAAGAACAUCAGACAACUCAAUGACCAGCUGGUCUCCAGAAAAGGUCUGAGUCGGUCUCUUUUCACUGCGACCAAGAAGUGGUUUGGUGGAGGGAAAGUUCCAGAGAAGAGCAUCAGUGAGCCAAAGAGCACAUGUGGUCUUCUCUAUCCCCCAGAAGCACCUGAACUGCAAAUCAGGAAGAUGGCCGACCUGUGCUUCCUGGUCCAGCACUACGAGCUGGCCUACAGCUGUUACCACACUGCCAAGAAAGACUUUCUGUCAGACCAGGCAAUGCUGUAUGCUGCAGGGGCACUGGAAAUGGCUGCCGUGUCAGCCUUUCUGCAGGCUGGAGCUCCGAGACCGUAUCCAGCACACUACAUGGAUACUGCAAUACAGACAUACAGAGAUGUCUGCAAGAACAUGGUGCUAGCUGAGCGCUGCGCUUUACUCAGUGCUGAGAUACUCAAGAGUCAAGGCAAAUACUCAGAGGCUGCAACUCUCCUCAUUAAGAUGACCAGUGAGGACUCUGACCUGCGCAGUGCUCUACUGUUGGAACAGGCCGCCCACUGCUUCAUUAAUAUGCGUAAUCCCAUGCUGCGCAAGUUUGCCUUCCAUAUGAUCCUGGCUGGUCAUCGUUUCAGCAAAGCAGGACAGAAGAGGCAUGCACUGCGCUGUUACUGCCAAGCCAUGCAGGUGUACAAGGGGAGGGGCUGGUCUUUGGCAGAAGACCAUAUCAACUUCACAAUCGGCCGUCAGUCCUUCACACUUCACCAGCCAGAGAACGCUGUAACAGCUUUCAGACAGAUCCUGACCAAUGACAGCAGGCAAACAGCCACACAGCAGGGGGCCUUUCUCAGAGAGUAUCUCUAUGUUUACAAGAGUGUGACAGGGGGAAAUGAAGUCAGCCUCCCCCAGCUGCCUCUGCCCUGCAUCCACAGCUCAGCCACAAGAGUCUACUUUGGACAUGAACGCCGUCUAGCAGAGGGUAUAAAGCAGGCAGCCACCCAUGUGUCCCUGGACCAAGAGUAUGACCUGGAUUUGGCAGCCAUGUGGUGCAAUCUAGAGGAGCAGCUUGUGGCUGCUGUCAACCGGGGGGUCAUCCCAGGAAACUUCCAGCCUACUCAGUGCUGCCUGAACAACCAGACAGACAAUCUGCACCACCCACUGGCUGUGGUGGAGGAACCAAUCAUAGUGGAGGUGACAUUCAGGAACCCUCUUAAGGUUUCUCUGGCACUGUCCAACCUCUCAUUACUCUGGAGGUUCACUGCCGAUGGUGUGUCUCCAUCUCAGGAGAAGACGACAGAAGAGUUGUCAGGAGAGGCCAUCACCAAUGAAAAGGAUAACCUGGCUCUAGGGAUGACACAGAAAGAUGACAUUGUCACCACUGAGAUUAUCCUGGAGUUUCAUAUGGGUCCAGAGGAGACCAAAAUGGCUCGACUCAGGCUGCUGCCACACAGAACUGGCCAGCUGAACAUUGUGGGUGUGGUGUACAACCUAGCUUCAGCCUCCUCUGGAGAGAUGGCUCCCGGCACUGAAGGCCAGCAGAUGCUGGAUUUAAUGGUGGUUCGUGGCAGACAGGACCUGAAAAUCCAAGGCCCACGACUCAACCAGACCAAAGAGGACAAGAUGUUGGUACGACAUGGACCUGAUCGACGUCUGGAUCCAGUCAUAACACCACCCAUGCCCCUGAUGGAGGUCUUCUUCCUACAGUUUCCGACUGCUCUGCUGUGUGGUGAGAUAAGGAAGGCCUUCGUUGAGUUCUGCAACGUCAGCAGUGUUGCGUUGUGUGGCCUGCGAGUGGUGUCCACACACCCCAAUUUCUUCACCUUUGGCAGUCAGGCCACAACACCCCUCACGCCAGUCAGCCCAACUUCAGCUGAAAACUGUUCUGCCUAUAAAACUUUAGCCACUCCCCCCGGGGCCCAGCCAGGCUCAGUGGUGUCUGAGAUGUUGGUUUCAGCUGAGGAUUUUAGCCAGCUGUCUGGUGUGAUGGAAAUCCCAAUAGAUGGCAGCACACUGCAACCAGGAGAGUCAACCCAGCUGCCUCUCUGGCUCAGAGGACCAGACCAGGAGGGAGUCCACGAAAUCAACUUCCUGUUCUACUAUGAGAGCACAGAGAAAGGAAUCAAAAUCAGUCAUCGGGUGUUGCGUCACACAGUGUUUAUCUGUGCCAGUCGCUCUCUGAGUGUGCAGGCAUCAGCCUGCCGCAGCAGCGUCCCUCCACAUCACAGUCUGGAUGACAAAGGCAGCGGUGGAACACUGGUCUUUAUUGAUGUGGAGAACAUCAAUACGAGUGAAGCUGGUGUGCGUGAGUUCCACAUUGUCCAGGUGUCCAGCAGCAGUCAACAUUGGCGCCUCCAGAAGUGUAUCAACCCAGCCAAGGAUAAAGACUGUAAACUCACUAGCAGAGAGAGAGCCAAGCUGUGUUUCAGGGCCACACGGUGCAAGCCCCACCAAGCCACCUCGGGUGCCGUAAAGAAAUACACCUUUGCAGACCUUAAUCUGGGCAAUGAACGGAUCAUCAGUUCGGCCACACCCUGUGGAGAUUUCUUCUUCCGUUGCUGUCUGUCCUCAGAGUCUCAGCGAGUGGAUGUGGCAUCAGCCAGGACAUCAUCCAGCAGCAAGAGUCAGGGUUCUGUCCCUGCUGUGGAUAGAACUUCUGAUAUCACCAACAUGGUCAAAAAGUGUAAUGAGCUUGACCUCAACAUAAUUGUCAUCUGGAAGGCUUUUGUGAUUGAGGACAACAAACAGCUGAUCCUAGAAGGCCAACUCCAUGUGGCGCUGCAAACCAUCGGCAAAGAGGCCAGUUCUCUGACUCCCAAAGAGGAAGCUCAGGAGAUGGUGCUGUUCAAGUUUAAAUCAGAGCUGCCUCCUCCAGUUGUCCUGCCCUCUGCAGAGCUGUCCCAACUCAUCAAAACCAACCUGCACUACCCAGAGACCUACACACAUCCGUUUCUCCGGGAUAGUCUCUGUGUUGUGCCAGUUACUCUGACUCUGUCCAACUGCUCCUUGGCUCAAGUUGAUGUCAUCAUUGACCUGCGACACAAAAGCACCAGUCCUGAGUCCUUGGAGGUCCACAGCUCGUUCACUUGGGUGGGUCAGACUCAGUACAAGCUGCAGCUGAAGCCUCAGGAAGUGCUGUGCCUGACUCUGCGAGCCUGUUUCCUCCAAGCAGGAGUCUACAACCUUAACACACCGCGAGUCUUCGCCAAGCCGACUGAGCAGGAUGCCAUGUGUGAGACGAGUCAGCAGACUGCUAGUCCUGCUCUCAUCAUCAUCAACAAUGCCUGAACAGAGCAUCCCAGCCUGCUGACAGUAGGACCUGUAUUCUGAGGACACUGAAACCACUGAGAGAGCCCACCAGCUGCUCGUCUACACACAUGACCAAACUUGUUCUUCUUGAUUAAUACUGGACAGAAACACAGAUGUUUUGUACCAAUUAGUAAAUAAAACAAACAGCUACAGUUUAUAGAGAUUGAACCAAUGUUAAAGAUGAAGUGGUUAGACAGUUUAUAGACCUCAGAAUUAUUUUGUUUCAUCUGUCAAUCAUAAUAGAGUUUCACUUCUCUAAUCAACAUGCAGGUUGAGUUUCAUACCAUCCAGCCCUCCACACCUCUGUCCCCACCCACCCUGUUACACCCACCUGUCACCUGCAUCUCAAGCACCCAUGUGUUUGGAACCUGACAAAAGCCAGGUCAUCUGAGAGACAUGUGCUGGUGUUAGACCAGAAUGUUGACUCUGAUCUAAACUUGGUACAGUACCUGGAUUCUGUGGCAAAAACCUUAAAGGAAAGUCAAAGACAAACUGCUGCACUUGUUUUGAACAGGGUGUGUUUCAACGUUGAGCGACACCAUAAGAGUGAUCACAUCACUGGGGUUUCGUUCUCUGUACGUUUCUGCUCUGGUCUUUAGUUCCAGACUGUGUAACAUUGUGGACUGAUGCUGUCCAUCUGUUUUAAUGACUCAAAUCUGAAAAUAUACUGAACUCUGGAGGAUUCAGAUGUGUUAAAUUCCUGAAUGGACUGAGCAGUAGUUUUGAAAUAUCAGUUAUUGUGACACUGUAACAAGAGCUGUUUAUAUCCUUAAUAUUGUACACCUUACCACGCAGUUGUCUUUGCAUUGACUUAUUGAGUUUACAGCUCUGGAGCCUCCAGCAUCUCCUUUAAGUGCUCGACAAGAUGGAGGCCAAAGACUGAACCCUGACUGUCUUACUGCCCAUCCUCUGUGUGAUUUUCACUCAGUACAACAGACUACCAUGUCCUCAUGUGCAUGCAGUUGAUUUUCUAGACUCCAGCCAAUCCAAUCAGCGUCUAACCUGUGUGUUUGACCUCACCAUAUUGUGAUCAAGCUCUUAUAUGCUUUGACUUGACAGCUUUUCUGAAAAUUAUGUAUUAUAUUUAUAUAACAAAUUUGAUGUAAAUAGAAAAUAAAAAUGUAACUAAUGAUACUGUAUGUAGUGUGAGAGACUGUCUGAUGUAUGGGCAGGGAAAAUUUUACAUUUAUAGAUGUUAUAGUGCUGUGACAGUUCCAGGUCUUAUAAAGUAUAUAGAAAUAAAAAACAUACUGCUGUGGAAAAUUUAA